GCCGCCCCUUGCCCCGCUCCUCCUCCUCCUUCUUCUCCUCCUCCUCCUCCUCCGCGGGGGGCCGACCGGCGCUCCCAGCCCGGCUGCGGCGGAGGUAAUCCAUGCUGAAGAGGCUCCAUUCAUACAGAUGAGCCAAGGGUUGAAGCAGCACUUUAAACCCAGAUAGUCGGUCGGCUGACUGCCCAGCAGGAUGCCAUCAACCAGCCGAGCGGGCAGCCUGAAGGACCCCGAAAUUGCAGAGCUCUUCUUCAAAGAAGAUCCAGAAAAGCUCUUCACAGAUCUCCGAGAGAUUGGCCAUGGAAGCUUCGGAGCAGUUUAUUUUGCACGUGAUGUGCGCACCAAUGAAGUGGUGGCCAUCAAGAAAAUGUCAUAUAGUGGGAAGCAGUCCAAUGAGAAAUGGCAGGAUAUUAUUAAGGAAGUCAAGUUCCUCCAAAGAAUAAAACACCCUAACAGUAUAGAAUACAAAGGCUGCUAUCUGCGGGAGCAUACAGCAUGGCUUGUUAUGGAAUAUUGUUUAGGAUCAGCAUCAGACUUACUAGAAGUUCAUAAAAAGCCAUUGCAAGAAGUGGAAAUAGCAGCAAUUACCCAUGGUGCUCUCCAGGGAUUAGCAUACUUGCAUUCUCACAAUAUGAUCCAUAGAGAUAUCAAGGCAGGGAACAUCCUGCUGACAGAGCCAGGACAGGUGAAACUUGCUGACUUUGGGUCUGCUUCCAUAGCAUCUCCUGCCAACUCAUUUGUGGGGACGCCAUAUUGGAUGGCCCCAGAAGUGAUUUUAGCCAUGGAUGAAGGGCAGUAUGAUGGCAAAGUAGAUGUUUGGUCUCUUGGAAUUACCUGUAUUGAGUUAGCGGAAAGGAAGCCUCCUUUGUUUAACAUGAACGCAAUGAGUGCCUUAUAUCACAUAGCGCAGAAUGAAUCCCCUACACUACAGUCUAAUGAAUGGUCUGAUUAUUUUCGAAACUUCGUAGAUUCUUGCCUCCAGAAAAUUCCUCAAGACAGGCCUACAUCAGAGGAGCUUCUGAAGCACAUGUUUGUUCUUCGAGAGCGGCCGGAAACAGUGUUAAUAGACCUGAUUCAGAGAACAAAGGAUGCAGUGAGAGAGCUGGACAACCUGCAGUAUCGUAAAAUGAAGAAGCUCCUCUUCCAGGAGGCCCACAAUGGCCCUGCAGUGGAAACACAGGAGGAGGAGGAGGAACAAGAUCAUGGUGUGGGCAGGACGGGAACAGUGAACAGUGUCGGAAGUAAUCAGUCCAUUCCUAGUAUGUCUAUCAGUGCCAGUAGCCAAAGCAGUAGUGUUAACAGUCUUCCAGAUGCCUCGGAUGAUAAGAGCGAGCUGGAUAUGAUGGAGGGGGACCACACGGUGAUGUCAAAUAGCUCUGUCAUUCAUCUAAAGCCGGAGGAAGAGAACUACAGAGAGGAGUCGGAUCCUCGGACAAGGGCAUCAGAACCCCAGUCUCCUCCCCAAGUAUCUCGCCACAAGUCUCAUUAUCGCAACCGAGAGCACUUUGCUACCAUACGCACAGCGUCGCUGGUGACAAGGCAAAUGCAGGAACAUGAGCAAGACUCUGAGCUCCGAGAGCAGAUGUCUGGCUAUAAACGUAUGAGAAGGCAGCACCAGAAGCAACUGAUGGCAUUAGAGAAUAAACUGAAGGCAGAGAUGGACGAGCACCGCCUCAGGUUGGACAAAGAUCUCGAAACACAGCGUAACAAUUUUGCUGCAGAAAUGGAAAAGCUAAUUAAAAAGCACCAAGCAGCUAUGGAAAAAGAGGCUAAAGUGAUGGCCAAUGAAGAGAAGAAAUUCCAACAGCAUAUUCAGGCCCAACAGAAGAAAGAAUUGAACAGUUUCCUGGAGUCCCAGAAGAGAGAAUAUAAACUCCGUAAAGAGCAGCUGAAAGAGGAGCUGAAUGAAAACCAGAGCACUCCAAAGAAGGAGAAGCAGGAGUGGCUCUCUAAGCAGAAGGAGAACAUCCAGCAUUUCCAGGCAGAAGAAGAGGCCAACUUACUGAGGCGUCAGAGGCAGUACUUGGAGCUGGAGUGUCGCCGCUUCAAGAGACGGAUGCUCCUGGGCCGCCAUAACCUGGAGCAGGACCUGGUUCGGGAGGAGCUAAACAAAAGGCAGACACAGAAGGACCUGGAGCACGCCAUGCUGCUGCGUCAGCACGAGUCCAUGCAGGAGCUGGAGUUCCGCCAUCUCAGCACCAUCCAGAAGAUGCGCUGCGAGCUGAUCCGGCUCCAGCACCAGACCGAGCUCACCAACCAGCUGGAGUACAACAAGCGCCGGGAGCGGGAGCUGCGGCGCAAGCACGUCAUGGAGGUCCGGCAGCAGCCCAAGAGCCUGAAGUCAAAAGAACUACAGAUAAAGAAGCAGUUUCAGGAUACAUGCAAGAUCCAAACCAGACAGUACAAAGCACUGAGAAACCAUCUGCUGGAGACCACGCCAAAGAGUGAACAUAAAGCUGUCCUCAAACGGCUCAAGGAGGAGCAGACCCGGAAGCUGGCUAUCCUGGCUGAGCAGUAUGAUCACAGCAUUAAUGAAAUGCUCUCUACACAAGCUCUGCGUUUGGAUGAGGCACAGGAAGCAGAGUGCCAGGUUUUGAAGAUGCAGCUGCAGCAAGAAUUAGAGCUGCUGAACGCAUAUCAGAGUAAAAUCAAGAUGCAGGCAGAAGCCCAGCAUGAUCGGGAGCUGCGUGAUCUUGAGCAGAGGGUGUCCCUCCGCCGGGCCCUCCUGGAGCAGAAGAUUGAGGAGGAGAUGCUGGCGUUGCAGAACGAGCGCACCGAGCGGAUACGAAGCCUGCUGGAGCGUCAAGCUCGCGAGAUCGAAGCCUUUGACUCAGAAAGCAUGAGGCUAGGUUUUAGUAAUAUGGUUCUUUCUAAUCUCUCCCCCGAGGCGUUCAGCCACAGCUACCCGGGAGCUUCUGGCUGGUCCCACAAUCCUACUGGGGGUGCAGGACCUCACUGGGGUCAUCCCAUGGGUGGCCCACCGCAAGCUUGGGGCCAUCCAAUGCAAGGUGGACCUCAGCCAUGGGGUCACCCCUCGGGGCCCAUGCAGGGGGUACCUCGAAGUAGUGCUAUAGGGGUCCGCAACAGCCCCCAGGCUCUGAGGCGGACAGCUUCUGGGGGACGGACGGAGCAGGGCAUGAGCAGGAGCACAAGUGUUACUUCACAAAUAUCCAAUGGUUCACACAUGUCUUAUACAUAACUUAAACAAUAACUGAGGGUGGCAAUUCCACUGGAGCUGUCUGCCAACAGAAACUGCCUACAGACACCAGCCCAGCAGCCUCCUCAGUGCGGUGCUGACGUGUGGAAGCUGGGUGCACAUGGAAUAUUGUAUUCAUUUUGUAAAGCAUUACGUUUUGUGUUUACUAACUGGGAUGUCAUAGUAUUUGGCUGCAGGGUUUUGGGGGGUGGUUUUUGGUUUUUUUGUUUUGUUGUUGGUUUUUUUUUUUUUUGGUUUUUUUUUUGUUUGUUUGUUUUUUG